UGAAACCUUCCAGGUCGUUGGCGUUUAUCGAAUCUCGCGGUACGGUAUGCCAAGAGACAAAGCAGUGUGCGAUAUUUUAGAUGCUUCAUUUUAUAAAUCACCGUACCGUGACAGAAGGAAUGAUUUUACUCCACGGGAAUUAUCUCAAUGUCUAAAAGAAACGACCACUUUAUACAUCGGGAAUUUGUCUUUCUAUACUCGUGAAGAACAAAUCUGGGAACUAUUUAGCCGAGCCGGCGAAAUCAAGCGCGUUAUCAUGGGCUUACACAGAUUUGAUAAAACUCCAUGUGGGUUUUGUUUUGUGGAAUAUUGUACACGAGACGGUGCGGAAAUGGCCAUGAGAUACAUUAACAAAACCCGAUUAGAUGAUCGCAUAAUUCGCACAGACUGGGAUGCGGGUUUCGAGGAAGGAAGACAGUAUGGCCGGGGAAGAAGUGGUGGACAGGUAAAAGGCUUGAUUUCUUGUUAUUAUACGUAAUCGUACUAACUACAUACUUUUAGGCCUUGUAAGCUAGUUAGGUACUACUAGAUGUUAAAACCUUAGGUCUUCAAGAAAAUGUACAUCUCCCAUUUGCUAAAUUUCACAUUAUGAUAGGAAAUGAAGGAAUAAUUACAUUAAUAACCUCAUAAGCAACUCAAGCCUCAAAAAGAGUAAAGCUCUCAAAAGUUCUGCACAAAUUGAAGAUCAGUUUAUUUUGAUGACCUUCAUUUAUGCUAACCAUUUUAUCAAGUUGACUUACGAACAUGUGUUUGACCUUUCCCUUGUUGGUUUAUAUCUUAGCUUUGUCAACAUGACGGUUGACUUCAGAUUGACACGGAUGCCGUGCGUCUGUAGGUUGUCUAAGAUUCUUAUAGUUUCUUCAGCCUCAGAUUUGUCUUCAGACGUUUAUAUUCAUUUGUCUAAUGGAUGAUAUAUUGCAGUACGUAACUGUGCGAAUUUCGUCAUUGUCAUGUAAAAUUAAAUGGUGUUUCACUCAGUAAUUUAGUGUAAAUUUCUUCACACUUGUGUUCUUUUAUCGUACCUUUCGCAUGCAUAAUACUAGUGUUAGAAUGUGAGGGACGCGAAGAAAGUUUGAAAAUUCAAGAGACGAAAUAUUUUUGUGGAUACAAAGUUAACCUGUGUUCUAGUUCCUGAAAACGAUUUAGUGAUUUUAAAUUGGCUGAAAAAUAUCUUUCGAAAAUAUAGGAUAUCCAAUUUUUAUUAUUAGUUUGUCUCAAUUUACUUUUUCAAUGAAGUUUCAAAACUGUAACUGACCGAUUAACCGGUAUUUGUUAAUUUUUUUAUGUCUGGCUUUAAGAUUUAUACAUUUGAUGUGCUUACUAAUCAGUCUGAUCCAUAAUUGGAGAUAGACUAGUCAAUAGGAUCCUAUAAUAAAAACAUGAGCUCAACUUUCUUAUUAUAAAUAUCGUUUGUAGGCAUCAAUACCAUAGUCGAACUUGAUAGUUUAAAAUAAAUUUGGCAUAGUUCGAAAGAUUUCAUGACUGAACUAAUGCCUAAUGGGCAUCUGCUAGAUAUUGUCAUACCCAAGUAAGCCAUUAAUAAGGUCCAGACAUUUAUCAAUUGGAAUACUAGUGUAUAAUGAUACAACAUCAUAGCUUGCCAUUGUUUCGUUCUCGUUGAUAGAUAAUUUCGUGAUCUUUGUUUUAAAUACAGAUAAAUCCUUUAAGACAUUAUAUAGGUGACUUCAGUAUACUGCUUAGAUAUUUAGAUAAAGCACAUGUGGGGGUAUUAGUGAAACCUACUAUGGGUCUUAAGGGAAUGUCAGGUUUGUGAAUCUUCGGUAUUCCAUAAAAUCGCGAUGUGAUGUUGGAUUUGGGAUAUGAAAUAAGCCAUAAGGAAACGCUAAUAAAAGGCUUUAUUUCUUUUAGAAGUUCACUUUCCUCUGGCCUAACUUUAUUGUUAAACAUCUGAAGAUUUUCUGAAUCGACUUUUAUAAAUGAUCCCAUAGAUAGAUGUUUUAGGGCUUUUUCUUCAUAGUCUGUUUGUUCAUGACCUUUGUUGUUAAGACUUUGGUUGGUGAUGACAACCGUUCUAUUAUUUUGCAAGGAGCGUAGUUCUCUCCAUUGUUCUUCAGAAACAUUGAAUGAAAGGUAUUUUUAGUUUGUCAAAAUGCGAGAUGCUUUCUGGCGCAAUAUAUAUGUGACUGCUUAUCCUGGAGUUUGUUCGAGUAUCGACUCCAGAAUUGGAACGAUUUCUAGGAUACCAGACGUAGAUGAUGAAUCUUUUUAAUUAGUUGAGAAAUAAUCCUGUUAAUUUAAUUUCAAGUUAUUUAAUAUCAUCUAAAUUAUAAUAUUACCUCCGAUUCGAUUAUGAUUAUUAGUUAAUUUUCGCACUAUUUAUGUAUUUUUCCUUACGUCAAACAACCGAAAAUAAUGCUAUUACCGAUGCAUUAACACCCCAAUGAAAUAAACAUCAUUGUAUUCUAUGAAAUAUUAUUAAAUAUUUAUUUUUAUUUAUUUAUUUAUUUAUUCGGACACAUAAAUAUUGCUAAAAGAGAGAACCAAAUAUAUAUGCGCCAUAAUAUGAAUUCAUUUUAUUUCGUUAGGUUCUCAUCAGCUGCUUACAACCUGAAUUAUUUGAAAUUCAAAAUUAUUACAGAUACUGACAUAUUUAUACAUAAGAUGGUGAUUAAAGAUGAAUAAAUGUAUCAUGGUGUAGCGAAGAUUUCGAUAGAGUUAAUGAGGUCAUGAAAUUUUUGUCUCGAAUAAAUAGAGUUUGAGAGGGAAAGUUCCAGAACAUUGAAAUAGUGAUUAGAACUCAUGAAAAUAGAAUAAUGGUAAUAAAGAAAAUAUGAAUUGAAAUCAGUCAGUUAUGUAUGGUGUAAUUUAAGAGAGUUGGAGUAGUGACGCAAUAAAUAAAUAGAGAAAUAAAUGAAUAAAAAAGGGGUGUUAUUGUUACCAGGGUAAAGAAAGAUUUAUUACUGUCUCUUUUUGUAUACAUAGAUCUGGUUUCAGACGUUUGACUGCUAUUGCUUCGGCAAAUUUCAAGAGGUUGGAGUUUAAUUGUUAAUCACCUUGAAGGACUUCAGUAUAUCAACUUCAUGUCCUGUGUCAAGAUGUCUUGCGAUGGCACUGCUGGAUGUUUUUAAUCCAUUUAAUCUUAAACUUUUCGGAACAUGUUCUUUGAAUCGGACGUAGGCUCUCCUUUCUGUUCUACCAAUGUAACUGCUUUGGCAGAUACAUGUAAAUUUGUAUACACAGUUGGUGGUAACAUAAAAGGGAUACCUGUCGACCUUUGAUUGUGUCAAAGAACAUGUUGUAUAUACCUAUCUGGUCUUAUAUCAAUAAAAUUCUCCGAGUAAUUUAUCAUGCUUCGGUUAGUUGAAAAGAAUAGCUUUAAUAGCGAUCUGAUAUCAGUUGGAGUUUAACUCUUGGACAUCAUGAGACUACCAAACUUUUCGGUAGUUUGAAACUUGUUAUUGUUUAACCGUGUUCCUAAAUAGUAUUAAACUCCUUUAAAGUCGAAACUACUUUUUUUAUGUAAUUUUUGUGCCUAAAAGCAAUCUGCUAGUGAUUUUUCUUGAUUACAAUCAAAUUUUAAUGUUUAGUUCAUGUGGGCGGUAUUGUACACUAGUUUUAUGUCGAAAUUCAUACCAAUUGUCAGUCUUGAUAAGAGAAAACGAUAUAUGCUAAUGUGCUGUUUUUUAAUAACUAUAGGUACGGGAUGAAUUCCGCAAAG